AUGGGCCAGAAGUGCAAUUACUAUGAGUGGGACUACGUCGGCACCAAUAAAAAGCAAUACGCAACAUUCUCGUUUGUCGAAGAUCCAAGGGGUGAGUAUUCUAUCGACUAUUACGAAUAUCCCGUCCCUGACAGUCUAAUAGUAGUCGGCGCCCCGUCCGAAGCCCCGGCGACGAUUGAGCAGCUAUGCUCGCUCGAUGCAGUCCACUGCGAUGGGAUGCCAACAUCCACCGGUUUCGUAUCACCUCUCCCAAGGGAAGACCACGAGGACGUCGAUGAGUUCGCCGACGAUACACUUUCGGACGAAGACUUCCUGGCUCUUUGA